CCGCUUCCCACUCACAGGCCUCUAGGAUCAAACCUCUGGCCGCAGUCUCACGCAGUCCAAAACGUGUGCACGAGCUGGUUGCUUUGUCCUCCGGCAGCGCACGGCCCACGCCCCACGCCCCACGAGCUACGAGCCACCCGUGUUUUACCGCACGCCUAUCCUCUCCCACCGCCAUGUCCCCCUCUUCCGCCUCCCGCACAGGCAUCCUGCUCCGAUCUGCACUCGGCUGGCUGCACUGGGCGACUAUCGCGACUCUGAUUGUGCUGGCCCUAUCACCUCGAUCUACAUUCGGGUACAUUCCGGCACAGGGGACCAACGAUACGACGGUUGCGCAACAGGCUGGCCAGAAUUUCAGCGAUGCGUCGAAGCUGAGCUUGCAGUGGUAUCCGAUGGGGUCGUAUACGGAGCAGAUAUCGUAUCAGCUGGUCGGGGCGGACAGCACGGGCAUUAACAAGGGAGCGCUUGUACAUUUCUCAGAAGACAAGAUGCCCAACGGCACAACCACGACGCCCUGGAUCGCCCUCGUAUCCUGCGACACAAACUCAACGAACGCGUCCAUGGAGGACGAUAUAUUCACACUUGCGAGGGAUAGAGGGGCUGUCGCUGCACUCCUAUAUUCCUUGAAGUCAGUGACGUGCUAUAUUAAUCCCGAGUAUUCCGAUCCUGCAAACUUUGAUCAAGUCAUGGACAUCUUCGCUACUCAAUCACUCUCUUCCUCCUCGCUCAUCGAGAACCAGUUCACGACCAUCCUGGGCAACUCCUCGUCCAAGUACUACUGGUUCAGCCCCACGCUGCUCAACAGCAGCCAGAACGUCAUCGAAAGCGCGAUCGCCAACCAUGCCGUCCCCUCGGCUGGGUAUCUUUUCGCCACUCUGACCGCGUCUAACGCGACCGACCCAUCAGCGAACACCACAGGCACCGGCAGCACGACCACUAGCUCCGAUGGGAGCAACAACUCGUCUGGCGGCAGCACGAACACUAGUCUCGCAAUGAUCAUCCUGUACGCUAUAACAGGCUGCGUCUCAGCACUCUUCUGCAUCGUCAUCGUCUCAGGAGCAAUAAGGGCCAUCCGCCAUCCAGAACGGUACGGGCCCCGUUCUGGGGACACGCUUGGCCCCCCGGGCGCACUAGGCGCGCAGAGCCGCGCACGCGGUCUCACGCGCGCGAUCCUCGACACCUUCCCCGUCGUCAAGUUCGGACGGACGGACGCUGACCUCCCCGAGGCGCCUGCGCCCGCGAAGGACCUCGAGAGUGUCGACUACACCACCGCUCCGACCCCGGCGAUCAGGCCGGGUAUGAGGGAGGGGAGGGGCAAAGCCGUCGAGGCCGGCGACGGUAGCGAGGAAGUUGCCCUCGAGCUACGCGAGUGGACAGUCGUCGCGGCGCGUCUCGGAGAUGAGGACAAACCUGGGGCGGACGCUGCGGUGCUGGGCUCCAUCGCGGUUCCGACGCUCCCACACACGUCCCCAGUGGCGGACGGCGCCCAAGACGAAGACGACCAGUCCCCUCGCGCAGGCUCGUCCUCGUCCGUGCCUCAGGUAGUCCCGCGGCCCCCCAGGGUUCCUGCGCCGGCAGACGCGUCAGGGAGUGGGGGCGGGGAGAAGGACGUCGUCCCGGACGCGAUUGGGCGCGAGACAUGCCCGAUAUGCAUCGUCGACUUCGAGGAGGGCGACGACCUCCGCAUCCUUCCGUGCGAGGGCCACCAUCGGUUCCACCAGGAGUGCGUGGACCAGUGGCUGCUCGAGCUGUCGAGCAGCUGUCCGCUGUGCCGGCAAGACUUCCAGGCGCUGCAGACGAUGAUGACCGCAGGCGAGGAAGCGGACCACCUCGAGCCCCCACACGCGCUGGGGUCGGCGCGCCCGAUGUCGUCUGCGGCCGCGCGAUUCUCGAGGUACCUGCGGACGGCGCGGAGGCGCAGGCAGCGGCGUGCGCACGAGGACCUGGGCGAGUACGACCCGACGAACCCUCCCGUGCCGAUUGCGCCGCGCACCACGUUGCAUAUGUAGGAGGUGCGGUGGACGGAUAAGGCUGGAUGCCCCGGUUAUGAUUCAGCAGCGCGACUAUGGCGGACUAGGGUGUAUGCGCAAGCCUUCGCGAUCAGGGAGGCGUGCUACAUGCACGGGGCGGAGCCCCUCCCGGGCGUGCAGGACGCCUGUUUGAAGUGACGAGACGUGCGCGCGCACGCAUUAUAUGGUUCAUGCGCGCUAUGCGCGAUAGACAUUGUAUUAGUAUCCGUAUGCGCACGGUCGAUGACGGUCUGUACGAGUCAGCUUACGAUAUGUAAUGCCUAACUAUGUUGUCCAUUUGCAGGUUUGUACGCUGCAGCGGUUUCUCGCUCUCCUGCAAUGACUGCUGAAAUCCUGGCCGCGCGGUUUGGUCCAGGUUUCUCGCGUGCGUAAGGGGGGACGUGUUUCGCAGGGAUUACCUUCAGCAGAAUUUCUUCUAUUAGUCGCUCAGUCUCUCGUCAGGGUUUGUCUCAUACUGGCUGAGGAAGGCUGGUACCGCGAACAGUGCCUCAAGGAUC